AUGACCUUCUAUUUGUCUGGUUUUCGGAGCUUUCCGAAACUUUGGAAGAGCAGCCCAAAGUUAGGCCCUGCGACCUCUUCUGUCCCCUUUUUCCUCACGGUUAACUGUGUCACCAGGAACCAACAGAGAUGGUUUUCUGUUAAACCCACGUCCCCUCCAAAUAGCAAAGCAAUGAAUCUGCUGAUUACCAAGGCAAGAGCACUCAAGAAAGGAAGUGACAGAAAUGAGCACGAUUCUUCGGCUCCUCAUUAUUUUGCUGCUGGAGCAGCUAAGAAGAGGUCACACAUAAAUAGUAACCCUCAGAAUGGGGAUCCUGCCUCGCCACCUGUGAGAAGCACUAUCCAACUUCCAACUAAACCUUUGAGUUCCAAAGAGUGGGAUAAACUUAAAGAAGAUUUUAAAGGAAAGGCCAAUUUUGAAGCCUGGGUCAUUUCACAGAUGGUGCGCAGCUGUAGUUCUGUAGACGUGGCUAAGUCUCUCCUGGCAUGGGUAGCAGCGAAGAACAAUGGCAUUGUGGGAUAUAAUUUACUCGUCAGGUAUUUGUAUCUCUGUGUCUUUCAUAAGGAGACAUCGGAAGUUAUUGAUGUCUAUGAAAUCAUGAAAGCCAGGUACAAGACUUUAGAAUCUGAGGGUUAUACCCUUCUCAUGCGUGGAUUAAUCCGCUCAGACAGAUGGAGAGAGGCCUUGCUGCUGUUAGAAGACUUUAAAAAAGUCAUGACCCCUUCAAGAAAGAACUAUGACGACUGUAUACAGGGAGCCCUCCUUCAUCAAGAUGUGAACCUGGCUUGGAGUUUGUAUCAGGAAUUGUUAGGGCAUAAUCUCAUUCCUCUGAUGGAAACUUUAAAAGCCUUCUUUGAUUUUGGCAAAGACCUAAAUGAUGAUCACUAUUCAAACAAGCUACUGGACAUUCUUUUGUAUCUAAGGAACAAUCAGCUGUAUCCUGGAGAGUCAUUUGCACACAGUAUAAAAACAUGGUUUGAAAGUAUUCCUGGAAGACAAUGGAAAGGACAGUUUACCACAAUCCAGAAAAGUGGCCAGUGUUCAGGCUGUGGCAGAGCCAUUGAGUCUAUUCAGCUGAGCCCAGAAGAAUAUGAAUUUCUCAAGGAAAAGUUCAUGAGGGAUGUGAUAGACGGUGGCGACCAAUAUAAGAAGACGACGCCUCAGGAACUGAAAAGAUUUGAGAGCUUUGUGAAUGCCUGCCCUCCUUUUGAUGUUGUUAUUGACGGCCUCAAUGUUGCAAAAACGUUUCCUAAGGGCCGGGAAUCUCAAAUUCUCCUGAGUGUAGUUUCUCAACUAGCCCAGCAAAAUCUGCAAUUGCUAGUCCUGGGCCGGAAGCACAUGCUAAGACCGAGUUCCCAGUGGAGAAGGGAUGAGAUGGAGCAGGUGCGAAGGCAAGCCCACUGUUUUUUUGCUGAUAACAUCUCGGAAGACGACCCCUUCCUUCUGUAUGCCACGCUGAACUCAGGCAAUCACUGCAAGUUCAUCACGAAAGAUCUGCUGCGGGACCACAAGGCCUGCCUGCCUGAUGUCCAGACCCGGCGCCUCUUCUUUAAGUGGCAGCAGGGACACCAGCUGGUAAUCACGAAAGGAUUUCUAAGAUCAAAAUUAACGUUCCAGCAUACCCUCAGCUAUGACACUGUGGUGCAGACGACUGGAGACUCCUGGCACAUCCCUUAUGAUGCAGACCUGGUGCAGAGAUCCUCCUGCGAAGUGCCGACCACGUGGCUGUGCCUCCAGAGAGGGGCGAAGGCGCCCGCCGCUGGCUGAGUUUGUCCUGGCUGCGUUCCUGGCUGGUAGCAGGGCUCUUAUAUCUGUGCUAAUUUGGGGCAUGACCUCUGUCCUGGAAAUAAAAAGAUGUUUUGUGACACUGUU